AUGAAGAAAGUUUUGAUUGUUUUUUUGUGCUUUUCAACAAUAAUUGAGAAGGCUUAUGAUUAUGAAAUUGAUAGUGAAGGAGGACGACCAGAUGAAUUUGCACGUCGAAAAGCGUUGGCGAUGAUGAAGUUUAAAAAAUCUGAAGAAAAACGAAGAGAUGAAUUUGCACUUCGAAAAGCGUUGGCGAUGAUGAAGUUAAAAAAAUCGGACAACUGCGGUGGAUCAGAUUCUGCAAGUGAUUCUGAUGAAUAUGAAGAAACAGAUUCAUAUGAAGAUGAAUCCAGUGAAAAACUUGGUCCGCACAUUGGUGAACAAGAUCCAUAUGAUGAUGAAUCUAGUGAAGAGCAUCAUCCAGAAAUCGAUGAACAUGAAAAAGCAGAUUCAUAUGAAGAUGGAUCCAGUGAAGGACAUGGUCUACAAAUCGGUAAACAAGAUCCAUAUGGCGAAUCCAAUGAAGAGCAUUCAGAAAUCGACAAACAUGAAGAAACAGAUUCGUAUGAAAAUGAAUCCAGUGAAGAACUUGGUCCACAAAUUGGUGAACAUAAAGAAACAAAUAUCUAUGAAGAUGGAUCCAGUGAAGAAAAUCUCUCAGACAUCGAUUCUGAUGAAGAAACAAAUUUUUCCAGUGAAGAUGAAUCCAGUGAAAAAGAAAAAUAUCCACAAAUCGGUGACCAUAAAGAAACAGAUUUGUAUGAAGAUGAAUCCAGUGAAGAAGAAAAACAUCCACAAAUUAGUAAUUUUGGUGACCAUGAAGAAGCAGAUCUGUAUGAAGAUGAAUCCGGUGAAGAAUAUCAACCACAAAUAAGUGAGCGUGAGCCAAAUGAAGAUGGAUUCAAUAGAGGACGUCCACAAUUCACAGGAGAACGUGAACCAAGUCAGGAUGAAUCCAGUGAAGAACAUUAUGUAGAAUUCGAUACACAAGAUUCAUAUGAAUCUUAUGAAUAUGAAUCAUAUGAAGAUGAAUCCAGUGAAGAAGAUGGUUCACCAAUCGAUAACUCCGGACUGUUUUACCCUUGGGGUUACGAUGGUCCUCCAGCAAUUCCCAUGGGCCAGGCAUAUUUGGGUCGUGGUGAAGCAUUAAAUGGAUAUCAUCAAAGAUAUUACAACUGCGGUGGAUCAGAUUCUGCAAGUGAUUCUGAUGAAUAUGAAGAAACAGAUUCAUAUGAAGAUGAAUCCAGUGAAAAACUUGGUCCGCACAUUGGUGAACAAGAUCCAUAUGAUGAUGAAUCUAGUGAAGAGCAUCAUCCAGAAAUCGAUGAACAUGAAAAAGCAGAUUCAUAUGAAGAUGGAUCCAGUGAAGGACAUGGUCUACAAAUCGACAAACAUGAAGAAACAGAUUCAUAUGAAAAUGAAUCCAGUGAAGAACUUGGUCUACAAAUUGGUGAACAUAAAGAAACAAAUAUCUAUGAAGAUGGAUCCAGUGAAGAAAAUCUCUCAGACAUCGAUUCUGAUGAAGAAACAAAUUUUUCCGGUGAAGAUGAAUCCAGUGAAAAAGAAAAAUAUCCACAAAUCGGUGACCAUGAAGAAACAGAUUUGUAUGAAGAUGAAUCCAGUGAAGAAGAAAAACAUCCACAAAUUAGUAAUUUUGGUGACCAUGAAGAAGCAGAUCUGUAUGAAGAUGAAUCCGGUGAAGAAUAUCAACCACAAAUAAGUGAGCGUGAGCCAAAUAAAGAUGGAUUCAAUAGAGGACGUCCACAAUUCACAGGAGAACGUGAAUCAAGUCAGGAUGAAUCCAGUGAAGAACAUUAUGUAGAAUUCGAUACACAAGAUUCAUAUGAAUCUUAUGAAUAUGAAUCAUAUGAAGAUGAAUCCAGUGAAGAAGAUGGUUCACCAAUCGAUAACUCCGGACUGUUCUACCCUUGGGGUUACGAUGGCCCUCCAGCAAUUCCCAUGGGCCAGGCAUAUUUGGGUCGUGGUGAAGCAUUAAAUGGAUAUCAUCAAAGAUAUUCUCCUUCACCUUCGGAGUCCACCCCAGCUUCAUCUUCGUCUGAGGAUGAUAAAACAACUGAACCUGAAGUAAAGAAAACUCCACAAUUGGAUAGUGCUACCGUAGCUGUAUCAUGUGAAGGUACAUUAUAA